GGAAGUGCAGUUCUCACGUGUUGCUUGUACACUGACUGGUUGCUAUGCAGAGUCUUCUCUCCGAAAUGAUGUGUCAUCACCUUAAAUAAAAUUAUAUCCUUUAUUUUGUUUUACCCGUAGCGUCUACAGCAGGAAAAUAAGGACAUGAAAGUGGUGGCGUUGAUAAGUGGGGGCAAAGACAGCUGCUACAAUAUGAUGCAGUGUGCUGCUGCUGGACACCAGAUUGUAGCUCUGGCCAACCUGCAUCCUGCUAACACAGAUGAGUUGGACAGCUACAUGUACCAGACAGUCGGUCACCAGGCUAUAGAUCUGUAUGCUGAAGCCAUGGAGCUGCCUCUGUACAGACGUAUUAUCCAAGGUUCUAGCCUGGAUACCAGCAGAACCUACAGUAUGACAGAAGGAGACGAGGUGGAGGAUCUAUAUCACCUUCUGCACCUUGUCAAGGAAAAGGAGGGUGUCGAGGCAGUGUCUGUAGGGGCCAUUCUUUCCGAUUACCAGAGGGUCCGUGUGGAAAAUGUAUGUUCGAGGCUCAGUUUGCAAGCCCUGGCCUACCUGUGGCAUCAAGACCAAGAGUCCCUUCUUUCUAAGAUGUUAUCAUCUGAUCUCAAAGCUAUAAUUAUCAAAGUUGCCGCCUUUGGCCUGGAUCCAGAGAAACACUUAGGAAAACCUCUGGCUGACAUGGAGCCCUAUCUGAAGCAGCUUUCUCAGAAGUAUGGAGUCCAUAUUUGCGGGGAAGGAGGCGAAUAUGAAACCUUUACCCUUGACUGCCCUCUCUUCAAAAAGAAUAUAGUUAUCGAUGCAGCGGAGACAGUGAUCCACUCAGCAGAUGCUUUCGCUCCAGUCGGCUACCUGCGUUUCACCAAGUUGCAUACUGAGAAGAAAGACAGCGAUGCGGUGGCGAGAGCUUUGCCCCAUGGUAGUUGUCCUUGCCAGAACGCCAUUGACAAGAUGACUGAAGAGGAGGAGGAAUAUGCUGAUCAAGCCGAAGACAACCAGCAAGAAUUUACAUCAAGUUGUGACCUUUGUUGUCAGUGGGGCCACGAUCGACCUUCAUCCUGGUCGCAGAUUAGCUCUCGGGGUUACCAGUGGAUCUCUGGCAUCAACGGUCUUCAGAGCCAAGACCCAGGAAUCCAGUGCCAGACAUUGGCAGCUUUCAUUCAGCUGCAAAGUGAGUUGGACAGUCGAGGGUGGUCAAUGAAACAUAUUGUCCUGGUGCACCUGUAUGUGAGGAACAUGGAAGAUUUUGAUCCACUCAACACCGUGUAUAGCAAACGUUUUGGCGUAAACCCACCAGCAAGGGUGUGUGUCCAGGCUCCGCUACCUGCUGGUCAGCUACUGCAGAUGGACUGUCUGCUUCACGAUUGGACGGAAAAACCAGAGGAUGACUGUGUCCACCAAAAAGAGGUGCUCCAUGUUCAGAGCCUGUCCCACUGGGCCCCUGCCAACAUCGGACCCUACAGCCAGGCCAUUAGGGUCGAUGAAUCUGUGUUCUGUGCAGGCCAAAUUGCUUUGGUUCCUUGUACCAUGCAGUUGGUUCAGGCUGGCACCAGAACACAGGCUCGCUUGUCCUUCAGUUAUGUGAAGAAGGUUCUGGAAGCCAUUAUCAGCAACAUGACUUUGACACAUGUGAUCCAGUCCCACUGCUACACAACGAGACAUCAAGACAUCCCGGUCAUCAGAGAUGUCUGGCAGAGCAUGCUGAGCGCCGCAGAAGAAGAAAAGGACUUGUUGUGGGAGCCUGAGACGAAACAAGGCCUCUUAUUGGUUAUUGUGGUACCCGCUCUACCAAAGGGUGCUGCUGUGGAGCUCCAUGUAACAGCUGUUCGAGAUGACCCAAGAAAGAGGACUUCCUGUCACAUGACUACAAAGGUAGCAUGCGGAUCCAUCGAGUGCGACACUGUAAUAUCUGGCGAUGGCUGUGGUGCUUCGCUCUCCCUGGCUGUGGUCAGCACCGGCUCAGGGAUCUCUGAUGUCACGGAUCUCACACAGGCAGUGUGUGCUGCGUUCCAAAAAGCCACAAAGGAGCUUGCCACCGGGCUAUCACCACUGUGUGCCAGGGUGUUUUUCAAGCAUAACCACCCAGUGGCACAGCAGAUUGUUAAAGGUCUUGAACAGAGUUUGAGAGACUUUCUACAACAGUCCAGUCCAUCUGUAGCCCUGGUCCCAGUACUGGACCUGCCUGACUGCCAGAUCAUGCACUUGUCCUGCUGGCUUAGUUUGUAGUUUCACAACCAGAAUCUGCAACCAGGACUCCAAUCAUCCACAGCGCUGGGAUUCAGUGGGCCAACUUUGACAUGUCA